UCAAGGGAGAAAUUCAAGAGAAUACAUUUUGGUCGUUAAGCAUUGAUGAGUAUUAUAGACUACCCCACUUUUUGCAUCGUCUGUAGGUGUUUUAAAUUUUGUGUGAUCAAUGAGGAAUCUUCAGUGUAUGUUGAUCUUUCCUCUGAUCGAAGUGACGAGAAAAGGGGUACAAUCAUGGAGAAGUUGCUCAAGUUUUUAGUGAUAAGUGUUUCAGUGUUAAAUUUUUGCCUGAGGGAAAUUUACUGUAAACCAAGAGAGGAUUUAGCCAGAAGUAUUAUCAGUGGACAGAGAGGCAUUGAGGAAGGAAUAAAUAUUGAUGAUAAUAAUUUAUUCGCUUCCCCUGCGUCUAAGUUCAUCCCUGCUGUAGAUGAUGAAGAUAACUUUUCAGAUUAUCCUUCGUCCUAUUAUGGGAAUCCCUCUAAUAAGUUUCUUGGAUUGUCGCCUGGAGGGCACUUUCCUGGUGUUGCACAGGGCUUGGGCUUAGCAGCCUACGGUCUGAGUUUGUGGAAAAUUAAGCUAAUGCUUCUGUCAGUUGGAAAGAUCCUCCUGAAGCUCUUCUUUGUCAAACUGAUCAUUAAGUUUAUUGUUGUGGUGUUCAUCUUAAUCUUCAAUCCAUCAAUGUUCUCAAUUUUCUCACCAGACGAAUUUAAAAGAGACGAUGCAAUCUUCCGGAAGUUCAACUAUGAAAAAUCGAGGAAUGAGAGGAUAAAUAACCUCGCAUCUUUCGUUUUAUCAUCAAUUGACACCUUCCAACGUGCCACAAAUUGCAAGAACGUAGAUGAAGAGUUUCAGUGUCGCCUUCUGCGAAUGUUCAACAUGAUCAACAACAAGUAUCCCUUCACGAAACUGCUAAAAAUGUACCGCAUGAAACUGGAUGCAGAAGACAAAGUUCAAGGAAAAUCAUCAUGA